AUGCCAGCCACCUCGCUAGGCGCCUCCUCCCCGGCCUCCGGCAGUCCCAGGGCCACUCCGACCGAGGGUGCCAGCCCACCUGCCCCGAGCACCAGUGUGCCGCCCCCGCACCCGACCCCCGCGGGGACUGCCCCCAGUGACACCUCCAGCCAGCCUGUCGCCACGGAGGGGCCCUCUCCGCCGUCAGUCACGUCCUCCGCCACGCCCAGCAGCACCCUCUAUGCUCCCGCCUCCACCGCCUCGACUCCCGUGGCCACCCAUAGCCUGACCUCGUCCACGGGGGUCGCCACUCCCAGGGACACCGCAGCCCCGGCCACCUCUCUCACGGCCCCUCUGGCCUCGGCCUCCGCUGCCCACACCACCAGGGCUGCUAGCACCCUCCUGGUGACCACACCCGUGCCCACGGCACCGUCCAGGGCCCCGGUCCUCACCUCCUCCACCGUCGGCUCCCCCGGGAGCACCCUCACGUCCGCAUUCACCUCACCCCUCCCGGCCUCCGCCACGCUGCACACAUCCACGACUCUCCCUCCCUCCUCGGUCAGGACGGGAGCCCCCAGCUCGUCGCCCGCCACCACCGAGGCCACAUCCACCGGCCCCGCGGGUCCAUCCACCGCCACCUCCACCGCCACCGUGGACCUCGGCUCCACACUCGCCCUGGCCAGCGCCUCAGCCACACCCACAGCCCCGGCCACGGCCUCGGCCACGCCCAUGCCCACGCCCGCGGCCACGCCCACCACCGGGAUCAUCUCCUCCGGCCCCAGCACCCACCACACACACAGCACCUCCCCUGUCCAGGCAACCUCGGCCAGCACGCCGGCCGCCCCCUCCAUCUUCACCACUCCCCGCAGCACGGCGACUCCCUUCCACUCCAGCACCAUGCCAGCCACCUCGCUAGGCGCCUCCUCCCCGGCCUCCGGCAGUCCCAGGGCCACUCCGACCGAGGGUGCCAGCCCACCUGCCCCGAGCACCAGUGUGCCGCCCCCGCACCCGACCCCCGCGGGGACUGCCCCCAGUGACACCUCCAGCCAGCCUGUCGCCACGGAGGGGCCCUCUCCGCCGUCAGUCACGUCCUCCGCCACGCCCAGCAGCACCCUCUAUGCUCCCGCCUCCACCGCCUCGACUCCCGUGGCCACCCAUAGCCUGACCUCGUCCACGGGGGUGCCUCGCUCCCCUCCACCUGCCCCCAGCACAGAGCCCGCCUCCGCCUCCACCCCGAACACCAGCCCUCUGCCCACCGACACCACCACACUCCCCACCACCCACACCACGGCCGGCCCCUCGCCUCCCGCCAGCACUCCCACCGGGUCCACCACGCAGGUCGCCACUCCCAGGGACACCGCAGCCCCGGCCACCUCUCUCACGGCCCCUCUGGCCUCGGCCUCCGCUGCCCACACCACCAGGGCUGCUAGCACCCUCCUGGUGACCACACCCGUGCCCACGGCACCGUCCAGGGCCCCGGUCCUCACCUCCUCCACCGUCGGCUCCCCCGGGAGCACCCUCACGUCCGCAUUCACCUCACCCCUCCCGGCCUCCGCCACGCUGCACACAUCCACGACUCUCCCUCCCUCCUCGGUCAGGACGGGAGCCCCCAGCUCGUCGCCCGCCACCACCGAGGCCACAUCCACCGGCCCCGCGGGUCCAUCCACCGCCACCUCCACCGCCACCGUGGACCUCGGCUCCACACUCGCCCUGGCCAGCACCUCAGCCACACCCACAGCCCCGGCCACGGCCUCGGCCACGCCCAUGCCCACGCCCGCGGCCACGCCCACCACCGGGAUCAUCUCCUCCGGCCCCAGCACCCACCACACACACAGCACCUCCCCUGUCCAGGCAACCUCGGCCAGCACGCCGGCCGCCCCCUCCAUCUUCACCACUCCCCGCAGCACGGCGACUCCCUUCCACUCCAGCACCAUGCCAGCCACCUCGCUAGGCGCCUCCUCCCCGGCCUCCGGCAGUCCCAGGGCCACUCCGACCGAGGGUGCCAGCCCACCUGCCCCGAGCACCAGUGUGCCGCCCCCGCACCCGACCCCCGCGGGGACUGCCCCCAGUGACACCUCCAGCCAGCCUGUCGCCACGGAGGGGCCCUCUCCGCCGUCAGUCACGUCCUCCGCCACGCCCAGCAGCACCCUCUAUGCUCCCGCCUCCACCGCCUCGACUCCCGUGGCCACCCAUAGCCUGACCUCGUCCACGGGGGUGCCUCGCUCCCCUCCACCUGCCCCCAGCACAGAGCCCGCCUCCGCCUCCACCCCGAACACCAGCCCUCUGCCCACCGACACCACCACACUCCCCACCACCCACACCACGGCCGGCCCCUCGCCUCCCGCCAGCACUCCCACCGGGUCCACCACGCAGGUCGCCACUCCCAGGGACACCGCAGCCCCGGCCACCUCUCUCACGGCCCCUCUGGCCUCGGCCUCCGCUGCCCACACCACCAGGGCUGCUAGCACCCUCCUGGUGACCACACCCGUGCCCACGGCACCGUCCAGGGCCCCGGUCCUCACCUCCUCCACCGUCGGCUCCCCCGGGAGCACCCUCACGUCCGCAUUCACCUCACCCCUCCCGGCCUCCGCCACGCUGCACACAUCCACGACUCUCCCUCCCUCCUCGGUCGCCACUCCCAGGGACACCGCAGCCCCGGCCACCUCUCUCACGGCCCCUCUGGCCUCGGCCUCCGCUGCCCACACCACCAGGGCUGCUAGCACCCUCCUGGUGACCACACCCGUGCCCACGGCACCGUCCAGGGCCCCGGUCCUCACCUCCUCCACCGUCGGCUCCCCCGGGAGCACCCUCACGUCCGCAUUCACCUCACCCCUCCCGGCCUCCGCCACGCUGCACACAUCCACGACUCUCCCUCCCUCCUCGGUCAGGACGGGAGCCCCCAGCUCGUCGCCCGCCACCACCGAGGCCACAUCCACCGGCCCCGCGGGUCCAUCCACCGCCACCUCCACCGCCACCGUGGACCUCGGCUCCACACUCGCCCUGGCCAGCGCCUCAGCCACACCCACAGCCCCGGCCACGGCCUCGGCCACGCCCAUGCCCACGCCCGCGGCCACGCCCACCACCGGGAUCAUCUCCUCCGGCCCCAGCACCCACCACACACACAGCACCUCCCCUGUCCAGCACGGCGACUCCCUUCCACUCCAGCACCAUGCCAGCCACCUCGCUAGGCGCCUCCUCCCCGGCCUCCGGCAGUCCCAGGGCCACUCCGACCGAGGGUGCCAGCCCACCUGCCCCGAGCACCAGUGUGCCGCCCCCGCACCCGACCCCCGCGGGGACUGCCCCCAGUGA